GCGUGGAAGAAGACGACGACAACGAGAAGGCGCAAUCGCGGUGAAAGAGGCCGUAGUACAGUAGCGUCUAUCGAAGAAGAGAGCGGCAGCAGCAGCAGCCUAGUGGCCCGCCAUGUCGUCGGCGACAUCGAGCGAGACGUACCUGCACUCGCACAGCAUCACGCACACGUGGACGGUGCACAACUGCGGUAAGCUGAGGCUGCGCAACAAGGUCUCACUCUGCAGCUCACCCUUCCCGGCCCAGUGGGACGAGCCACGCUUCCAGAUAUGGCUCACCACGGACGUCGACUACUACGGCUACGAGACAGCAUCGUGCUUCAUCGAGACCAAGAGCACACUACAGGGCUCGUACUCUCUGGCACUGAGGGAUCCCACGGGACGGGACAUCGCGCAAGUCACCUGCAACACCAAGACGGCGGCGCGCAUCACCUGCGAGAAAAAGUGCCUGGUGGGGUUGACCUUGAACGGCAGCUCGGCCAGCAAUGCCUCGGUCGCGUCCGCUGCCUGCGCCGGUGACGACAACGACCGCUACGCACUCGUCGUCCUCUUCAGGUUCGAGUACAUGACGGACCGCAACGGGGGCCAGGACGAGUGCCCGGGCAGCCCGCUGCUGGGCCAGCUGCCCGGUCUGCUGGAGAGUUCCAGUUUCGGCGACGUCGAGAUACGCGUCGGCCAGAAAAAACUGCGCGCCCACGGAGACCUGCUGGGCCGGCUGUCGCCCGUGUUCGCUGCCAUGCUCACCAGCGGCACCACCGAGGCCGUCAACCGCGUCGUGGUCAUUGAGGACCUGUCCUACGACGCCGUCCGACAGCUGCUCGAGUUCCUCUACGCCGGCACGCUCAGCGGAAUUAGCCAGGGCGCGGUGGAUCUGUACGUGGCGGCCGACAAGUACGGCGUGGCGUCGGUGAAGGCCGCGUGCGCCCGCCAGCUGUCCAACGCGCUGGCGCCGGACAACGCGGUGCGCGUCUUCGAGCUGGCCGUGCGACAUAGCGACAAGGAGCUAUGUCGGGACGCGGCGCGCUUCAUCGACGCCCACCUUCCGGAGGUGCAGGCGUCCGACGCGUGGGACGCGCUGCUGCGAGACGACCUGAUGGCGCUGGCCCUCUUCAAGUCCGCGUCCCGAUACCAGCCAAGGCAGGGACAGGGCGUCUCUUCCGCCUCAAGCUCCACCACGGCCGUCUGACGAGACCGUAGCUGCUGCUGCCGCCGCCGCCACUGGAGCUCUUUGAGGACAGAAUAAAUGUGUGCCUCGU